UGGCAGCACUUAAGAAAAACAAACCAAACACAACAGUUUCAUAACCCUAUAUUUUUGAAAAUAUAUGAGAUCAACUGAAUCUAUUAAUAUCAUAAUAACGUAACAAUAGUAGUUCAAAAUUAUUUAUAGACUAGGUUUUCUAGUUAAGCCGCAUAUUUCUCUCAUGUUGGUAACCAAAAAUUUAAAACUUUUAAUUCAAUAUUUCCCUAUUUAAGUUGGAGUAACAGAAUGAAGAAUUUGGACGUUUUCUUGAUAUUCUUAGCCGUUAGACUUUUAUCUGUAUAUUUAAUACAAACGUUUUAUGUUCCUGACGAGUACUGGCAGAUUCUAGAAGUUGCCCAUAACCUAGUUUUUAAAUAUGGGUACAUAACUUGGGAAUGGACAAAAGGCAUUCGGAGCUACGUUCCCCCUAUAAUAAUUGCUGGUUUAUAUAAAAUUUUGCAAGUUCUUGGUCUAGAUUCAGCAGAAGUUUUAAUAUAUUGCCCUAGAAUUUUGCAGGCAAUAUUGAGUUCAUAUGCGGAUUUAUGCUUUUAUAAAUGGUCUGGUACUAGAAAGUGGGCAGUAUUUUCCAUAGCAAGUUCGUGGUUUUGGUUCUAUACUGGAUCUAGAACAUUAAUAAAUACUUUGGAAUGUGCAUUGACAACUAUAGGACUUUCAAAAUUUCCCUGGCCAGGAAAAGGAAUAGAAGAAUCAUCUGUAUUUAUAUGGAUAGCAGCUUUGUUAUUUUUCAUUAGACCUACAAGUGCGAUAAUAUGGGUGCCAAUUUGUUUUUAUCAUUUAUGUUUAAGUAAAAAUUCUGUUGUUUCCGAAAUAACAACCAAAUAUAUCCCUACAGGAAUUGUGGUAUUAGCUUUAACAGUAUUACUUGACAGUAUCUGCCAUGGAUCUUUGGUGGUAACUCCUUAUGAAUUUUUUAAAUUCAAUCUACUACAAAAUUUGAGUGGUUUUUAUGGAGUCCAACCCUGGCAUUGGUACUUAUCUUCUGGCUUACCAAGUAUACUCGGCAUACAAAUUCUUCCAUUUUUAUGGGCAACUAUAACAGUAUUAAAAAAUAGACACAUUCAUCCCAAUGAGCUGGUUAUGCUGGGAGUUAUUGUAUUUACUGUGACUGUCUACAGUUUUCUACCUCACAAGGAGUUCAGGUUUUUACUUCCUUUGUUGCCUUUGAUAUUUUAUGUCUCAUCAAGAUUUUUGUCAGCUUGGAGUAGAAAAGCUACAAAAUUUUUAGUAUGGUUAGUUGCUGUAGUGAUCUUUAUUGGAAAUUUGGGCCCUGCUUGGUAUUUAGGAAUGGUGCAUCAGAGAGGAACUUUAGAUGUCAUGAGUUCACUGAGAGAGAUUUCAAAGGGGAAUUUUACUGACAAUCAUUUACUAUUUUUAAUGCCUUGUCACUCCACUCCUUUAUAUAGUCAUUUACAUGUUAACGUGUCCACGAGGUUUUUAACAUGUUUACCCAAUUUCAACAACAUAGAUAAUUAUAUAGAUGAAGCCGAUUCGUUUUAUGAAAAUCCUAAUAGAUGGUUAAUAUCGAAUUAUCCUCCUAAUGGAACUUUACCAUCACACAUUAUUUGUUAUGAUGUUUUACAGCAAUCUAUAACAAAUAUUUUAAACAGGUAUAAACUCACUCACGAAAUUUUCCAUACUAGUGUUCCAAUAUCUUCCCGUAUUGGCAGGUAUGUUGUGAUCUAUAAAAGGAUCGAUCUCUGAAUUAUUUAUUUUGAUGUGGG